CUUUUGGAUUCUUCCUACUUUCUAGAGAGAGAAAGGAUUGAGUUUACAGCUAAGCACUUUGUCUUGUAUUUGGCUUGCUGUUGCUGCCAUUGUUGACCACCAACCCAACCUUUGCUUAACUAUUAUUAUAUUAUUUGGCAUUGUUUGAUUCUUCCAAGUUUCGUUGUUCUUGUUCCCUCUGUUAAUGCGAGAAUACUUCUUUUGAUUCUUUUGUUCUCUUCAUGUUUGAUGAAAAUUGGGUUGGUGGGUUCUUGUUUUCAACUCCAUUCUUCUUCUUCCUUGCUCUAAAGCCAUCUUUUUCUCUGGAUUUUCUUUGUGGGUUUAAGUGAGGAAUUCUGAAAUAGGAAUUGGAUUCGAUCUUGUAGGAGAUGAAGGGAAAGGGUGGGGCUCUUGGAACAUACUUUGUCUUGAACACGGGAGCCAAAAUUCCUGCCAUUGGUCUGGGAACAUGGCAGAGUGGUGGGGACCUCUGUGUUGAAGCCGUCAAAACUGCCUUAUCUGUUGGUUAUCGUCAUAUAGACUGUGCCCAUCUCUAUGGAAAUGAGGUUGAAGUUGGCGAAGCGCUUGCUCAAGCUUUCAAUGCUUCCCUUAAGAGGGAAGAUGUUUUCUUGACCUCUAAGCUCUACUGUACCAUGAACUCUCUCAAUAAGAUUGACAAUUAUGUCAGGGUUUCUCUAAAGAAUCUUGGAGUCUCUUACUUGGAUCUGUAUUUGAUGCAUUGGCCUGAUAUCUCAGCCUUUGGUGACGCAACUGAUCCUCCUUCCAAGUCUGGGACUGAGUAUAGACAAUUCUUGAAUCGAUUGAAGAAAGCUUGGAAGGCCAUGGAAGGUCUUGUGGAGUUGGAUCUUGUAAGAGCUAUUGGAGUCAGUAAUUUCAAUGUUCAGCAGAUCAAGGAGUUGCUUAAAUUUGCAAAAAUUGUCCCUGCCGUUAAUCAGGUUGAGUUGCAUCCCUUUUGGAGGCAAGAAGAAUUAGUAAAGUUCUGUCAAUUGAAGGGUAUCCAUGUAUCUGCUCACACACCUUUAGGAGUUCCUACAUCAAGUCCUGGACCAUCUGACAGUGGAUCAGGGGAGGAUGAACCUGGUACUCCUCGCAUAUCAUUUAAGAGGUCAAGAUCUGUACAUGGACCCAUGCUGAAAUUGUCAGUUGUUUCAGAGAUAGCAGAUAAACUCAAAAAGACACCCGAACAGGUUAUUCUUCGGUGGGGAUUACAAAGAGGAACAAGUGUCCUACCUUGCAGCCUCAAGCCUGAUCGGAUAAGAAAAAAUAUAGAUAUCUUCACUUGGUCUCUAUCAGAUGGAGAGUGGAAUCGCUUGAACCAGAUUGAACCACAGGUAUGUUUAUUUGGAAACGGUCUUUUAAAUAAUCUGUCAGACAGUGGCUUCAUGUUUGGUAGUGGCCCCCUUCAAGUUGUGCGUGAGAUGGAGGAUGAUGUGGAAUCCAAUGCCUGAUAUAUAAUAGUACCUCCUUUCGAUAGUGUGCUCCAUUUUAUGUUAAAAGAUGCCAUGAUUGUUAUAAUUACCCAUUGUUUGUGAGAUUUAGUUUUUGUGGAUGCUGAAUAGGAAAUCAAAGGAGACAUUAUUACUGAUUGAAGAGGAAAUCUUUUUCUUUGUGACUGUUAAGUGUUUUAUAUAUCUUUCUGCAAUAAUUUGCUUGGAUGCAAUGUCAAGAAGAUAUAAUAAAAUAAGUGUUUACCUUUCAAGCAAA